CACUCUUCUCCUCGCCAAACCCGAGUCUCUUUCAUCUCUCUGUUGUUCGUUUUAAUUCGUCUUUCAAGUUACUUUUUUUUUUCCGUUCAAAAGGUUAUGGCGAAAGACGACGUGUCGGCUGGGCGAGGGUCGUACUCCGGCAAGGACUACCACGACCCGCCGCCGGCUCCGCUGUUCGACGGAGCGGAGCUGGGCAAGUGGUCCUUUUACAGGGCCAUCAUUGCCGAGUUCAUCGCCACUCUCCUUUUUCUCUACAUCACCGUCUUGACCGUCAUUGGCUACAGAAGCCAGACCGACCCAGACAAGCCCGGCGCCGACGCUUGCGGCGGCGUUGGGAUCCUCGGCAUCGCUUGGGCCUUCGGCGGCAUGAUCUUCGUUCUCGUCUACUGCACCGCCGGCAUUUCAGGUGGGCAUAUAAACCCGGCGGUGACGUUCGGGCUGUUGUUGGCUCGGAAGGUGUCGCUGGUCCGGGCGGUGGCGUACAUGGUGGCUCAGUGCUUGGGAGCCAUAAGCGGCGUGGGGCUCGUGAAAGCCUUUCAGACGGCUUACUUCCACAAGUACGGCGGCGGCGCGAACCAGCUCGCCGACGGCUACAGCAAAGGCGUCGGCUUGGCGGCGGAGAUCGUCGGCACCUUCGUCUUGGUCUACACCGUCUUCUCCGCCACCGAUCCCAAGAGAAAUGCCAGAGACUCCCAUGUUCCUGUACUGGCUCCGCUCCCGAUCGGGUUUGCGGUGUUCAUGGUUCACCUAGCCACCAUCCCCAUCACUGGCACGGGCAUCAACCCUGCCAGAAGCCUCGGCGCUGCUGUUAUCUUGAACAAGGAAAAGCCCUGGAACGACCACUGGAUAUUCUGGGUUGGGCCUCUCGUCGGAGCCGCCAUCGCAGCCUUCUACCACCAGUUCAUUCUGAGGGCUGGCGCGGCCAAGGCUCUCGGCUCUUUCAGGAGUAGCCACUCCGUUUAAUCAUCGCCAGCCUAAAGCCAGCUGCAGCACUUGAACCUCUCUUUUUAGCUUUUUAAGUUUUAGGUUUAUUUUUUUAUCUGUACUCUAAAGCUGGUUUUAUUUUAUCCAACUUGGCCUCAUUAAUGUUAAUUUUUUAGGCCCUUUCUAUUGUCUGCACUUUGUUGGUCAAGAAUCAUCUAUAUAUAUGUUAGUGUUCAAAA